GCAACAUUAAGACCGGCUGGGUAGAGAUAGUUGGAUUUGCAUUUGUAGAUCUUAAAAAGUUAUUUAAGAUUGGUAAUUCUUUCCGUUCUGUGUAUUCUGUGUUCCGUAUUUGAAAUCGAUAAGUCGAGAAAAAUAAAUCCAUUGAAAUGGGAGCUGAUCGCAACAGUGAGCCCGAACAGUUUCGGAAACUUUUUAUUGGUGGUCUGAAUUACAAAACCACUGAAGAAACAUUGAAAGGCCACUUUGAACAAUGGGGAGAAAUUGUUGACUGUGUAGUUAUGAGGGAUCCUAAUACUAGAAGAUCCAGAGGAUUUGGUUUCAUUACAUACAAGAAUGCUUAUAUGGUUGAUGAUGCACAAGCAGCUAGACCUCAUAAAGUUGAUGGUCGUGAAGUGGAACCCAAACGAGCUGUUCCAAGAGAAGAUUCUGGAAAACCAGAAGCACAAGUAACUGUAAAGAAGUUAUUUGUGGGUGCUUUAAAGGACGAUAUUGAAGAAGAAGAUUUAAAAAACUAUUUUGGAGAAUAUGGCAAUAUAACAAAUGUUAAUGUUGUAGUGGAUAAAGCUACAGGAAAGAAAAGAGGUUUCGCAUUUGUGGAAUUUGAUGAUUACGAUCCCGUUGACAAAAUAGUGUUAAAAAAACAUAUGAUAAAAGGGAGACGGGCUGAAGUUAAAAAGGCUCUUUCAAGACAAGAAAUGGAUCAUAUUAAAAGAACAAAAGAAAUGAAAUCUUAUGGUGGCGGUGGCAGAGGUGAUUGGAAAUCUGGUGGUAGUGGAUAUGGUGGUAGUUCAUCAGGAGGUUACAAAGGAGGUUAUGGUGGCAGUAGUGGUGGAGGAGGAUAUGGUGGUAGCAGUUACAACAAUGGACCCAGUGCUUGGAGUGAUGGUAUGGGAUAUGCAAAUGACUAUUCAACUUCUGAUUACAUGUCUGGUUCUUCUGCCAGUGGAGGUUGGGGUACUGAUUUUGGAUCAAGUUAUUCGUCCGGUGGGCCAAUACGAAGUUCAAGCGGAUAUUCUAGCAGAAGUUCCGGACCGUAUGGGGGUGGUUAUGGAACUGGUGGUGGUAGUGGAGGAUAUGGAGGCUAUCGUCGAUAAAUGUGCAUUUUUAAAAUCUUGGGGAAACUUUAUCUCAGAGAAUAUUAGCCAGAUGUAAGCCAGUGUGCAGUAGGUGUAUAGCUGUUAGAAGAAUUCCAUUCUUUGCGAAGGGAUACCAGUUUUUGAAGGGUUAUGUCAUCAGGAACAGCUAGGUCCAACUCUACAGGAAGAAAUAAUACGGCUACGUACUCGCAUUUAUACAUGUGCUCACUGGCACAUUAGGUUAUAGCUUCAUUGAGGCAUAAUGAAAUCCCCAAGAAUUUUCAUAUUUAAAUUAUGUACCUGUUUUAUGGACUAUCAGUAUCCCUUUGUACUUUUAUGUGGUGAACUAUCCGUCGGUGUUAGUGUCUGUGUAUUAAAAUUGGACUAAAUAAAUAGAUGUUAGUGUUGUCAGUGUAGCUGGUAGUUUCAUUUUACUGAAUAUGUGUUAAAAUGUGAAUAAGUGUAUAAUAAUUAUAGCAUAUACACAUGUUACAGUAUGUCACCUUUUUAUAUUAAAGCAAGUAAAAUACUCAUCAUGUAAUUUCUUUGAUUUUAUUAAAUUUUCAAUUUGAAAAAG